GUACUUUUAUUACGAAAUCAUCCAAUUUAAAAAUUUGCGUGUUUUAGUGCCAAUAAUCCAAAUUAUAAUCUCUAUUACAAUCACCCCUCCUUUCAAAUCUCUCUCUUAAGUUCCUUUUAAUUUCAUCUCUAUUAUCCACCACCCCUCUCUCUCAUCUUUAAUUUAAGGAGAGUAUCUAGAGAGAAAAUCAUUUUUAGGUGAAAACACAAAGCUCAAAACUUUGAAAGUUAAAAAAAAAAUGGAGAUGAAAGAAGCAUUAAAGAUUGAAACUUUGAAAGAAGGAACUUCACUUAGUACUAGUAUUAAUAAUAAUUAUCAUCAUUUUAAUGAAAAUAAUCAUCCAUCAUCAUCAACAUCAUUAGAUUUUCAUGUUUUUGAGAAGAUUUGUUGUUCAUCAUCUUCAACAACAUCAAAUAAUACAGGGUUUAUGGAGUUAUUAGGUAUGCAAGAUUUGAUUAAUGUUAACCCUUCUUUGUUUGAUAUGAUGAUGAUAGAUGGUUAUGGUGGAAAUCAUGAUGAUGAAGUUUUCCAUAGUUCCCUAGACCCUCCUGCACCUGAUCCUACCCCUCCUCUUCCAACUUCUAAUGUGAAUCUAGAAGCUUCUGAGGGGGUUAAUAAUAAUCUUCCUACAACCCCCAACUCUUCUUCUAUAUCCUCUGCUUCUAAUGAAGGUCUUAAUGAUGAACUACAACUAGAUGAUGAUGAUGAAGAAGAAGAACAAAAGGCCAAAAAACAAUCCACAAAAGCUAAAAAGACAAAUCAGAAACGGCAGAGGGAGCCAAGAUUUGCGUUCAUGACAAAGAGUGAAGUUGAUCAUCUAGAAGAUGGGUAUCGAUGGAGAAAGUAUGGUCAAAAAGCUGUGAAAAACAGCCCUUUUCCAAGGAGUUACUACCGUUGCACUAGUCAAUCGUGUAAUGUAAAGAAAAGGGUAGAGAGGUCUUACACCGAUCCAUCCAUUGUGGUUACAACCUACGAAGGUCAACACACUCACCCUUGUACCGUUCUACCACGUGGCGUUAUAUCGGAUUCCAAUUUUGGUUCGGGUUUUAGUGUCGGUGCAACCUCUCCAUUUGCCUUGCCAAUGCAAAUGACUAACAAUCAAUUUCAAUUAAAUUGUCUUACAACUCUAAUUCCUCAACUUAACCAAUUUGCUAAUAUUCCUACUCAAAAUAAUUCAAAUUUAAGUGGUGUUAGUCCUACUUGUUCAUUAUUAGCUUCCCAAGAAAAGAACAUUUCUCGAGCUGUAUCUGCACCACUAAACGCUACUUUAUUUAGAGAUUAUGGGCUUCUUGAAGAUAUACUUCCUUCAAUCAUGAAGAAAGAAGAGUAAAUUAAUGAUCCUUUAUAUAUAUUUUUGGUGUAGUUUUCUUUUUUUUUUUUUUAAUGAUUAGGUAUGUAAUUUAAGUAGUAUCCUGUCAUUAAUCCUAGCUAGUGUAAUAUUUGAUGUAGAAGAUCCUUUAUCAAUUAUCAUAUAUAUUAAAAGUAUUUCCCAUAAGAGGUAUUUCA